AUGUCAACUGAAACAAGAACAUUAAAUAUUAAUUCGAUUUCAUUACCAAUUCCAUUAACUCCAACACCACCAUUAGAACCUGCAUCAACUAAAACUCAAACAACCAAAGAACCAGAAGAAGAACAAUUAUUAUCAAAAUGUAUAUAUGCAGAUGACCCAAUCACAGAAUUUAAUAAAUCAUACUCACAAAUCUUGCUAGAAAAACAACAAAACCAUAAAAAGAACCACAAUUAUUUAUCAUACAAACUCAAUCAAUUAUACUAUCAAUAUAUUUAUUCAACUCCAAUAGCAAUCUUAUCACUUGGUGAAACUAUAUGGUUUAACCUUGUUGUAUUACUGUUGAUUGUUGUAACUAGUUAUUAUAUCUGCUGGAUUUUACCACAAAUGAUGUUGAACGGUUUUGAAAAAUUUUACUAUUAUUUAACCGGUUAUUCCUUCAAAUUUUCAAACAUAAUCAUGGGCAGUGGUGAUAGUAACUCAAGCGUUUUAAAAUUUUUGAAUUCUUUGUUGUUUUUGAAUUUGAAAAAUAAUGCAUCAAGUUUAUUUUUAAAUAACAACUAUAAUAAUGAUGGCGUUGAAUUUUUAAGAAAUGUCCAAUGA